GCAGGGAUUUAAUCCAGCUAUGCUGGUUUCAGUAUGUUGUCUGCGCGGAGGUUGAUCUGACACGUGCAGGCUAGUUUAUCUUAAAUCAGCUUGUACUUUUGAUUUCAAUGCGGUUCAUAGUUAUUCAAAUCUUGAAAGAGGACAAUGAAUUUAACUAUGAAUAUGUUUUAAAGUGAAAUCGUAUUGUUAUUUGUAAUGACAUAUUUUAUAAACAGUGAGAGGCAUGUCAAUAUUUUCUGCUAUAAGUUUAAACCCAGGUGUGAAAUACACGUACGCAGAUAUUUAAGUUGGUAACACCUUGCAACAAAAUGGCUACUAAUUUUAGUUCUGUUAAUCAAAGUUCAGAUUUUUUGAAUGACUAUUGCUGUGAUGCGUGUGAAGGUAAAAAUAUUCAGGAAAUUGCAGAGUGGUUUUGUGAAACCUGUCUGAAGUAUUUUUGUAUGCAAUGUAACCAUCAUCACAAUCAGUUAUAUUCUUACCAUACCACAUACGGAAGAGGAGACAUAAAAAAGUGGCCUCUCUUCAAGAAAAUAGAGGACUUUCUCCAGAAAUGUGAUGUCCACAAAGACGAAAGGCUGAAAAUGCUAUGUCAGGACCAUGAUCAGCUGUGCUGUUCAAACUGUGCUUUUGUAAACCACAGACAGUGCACCAAUGUGACUAUCAUUUCCGAAACAAUAAAAAACUUUUCGACGGGCUUAAAACAGCUUGAAGAAAAGAUUCAAGCUAUUGUGACAGAUUUGAAGAAGUUUGAAAGAAAUCGAGAGGCUGGUAUUCAUUCUGUAGAGGAGUCAUACAAUGCUCGACUACAAGAAGUAAGCGAUGCACGUCAGAGAAUAAAUGCUGCUCUAAAUGAUAUAGAAAAGAAUACCUUGACAGAAUUGGAUGAAAUGAAGACGACACUGCAAUCCUCUAUGAAAAAGGAUGUAGAAAAAUGUAACAAGCUGAAUGAUGAACUUAAACAACUCGGUGACGCUGUACAAGACCUUGGUGGUAAAAAUAAGGCGGAACUGGAAUUUAUAGCCAGCAAGAAAAGUCUGAGCAAGGUUCAGGAGUCUGAAGAAUUUCUUAAUAAAAAGACUGUCGUAAUUGGUCUUUCAUUUUCAUUCGAACCCAACACAGACAUUGAGCAGUACUUGUCCAAACAGGUGGGUCUGGGUAAGAUUCUUCUUGCGGACCCAAUUAAUGUUUUUAGUUGUGUGCAAACCAAUGAAUAUGAUGUGAGCUUAUCGAGUGAUUCACACCAUACCACGCAAUAUAUCACAGGGAUAUGUGUUUUUGAUAACGAUACGAUCAUUAUUGCUGACUACAAUCUGAAAAAACUGAAGCUUGUGGACCAGCACUAUAAAGUGAUCAGCCACCUUGAUGUGCCUCUUUCUGUCGGAGGCAUGUGCCGAAUCAGUACAAAUAAAGUCGCAGUUACUGUGUGUGAGGAUACAACAAAUGGGAUCCAAUUGUGUUUUAUAAACAAUGGUCAGCUGUUGAAGGGUAAUCAACUUCAGUUACAAGAGGAGUGCACUGGUAUUGCCCAUCAUGCAGGCACUUUGUUUGUAACCUCCCGUAAAACUCUGUAUCUGUACAACCUGUCUGGUGAACUUUUGCAAAAAAUAUAUGAAGAUACAACUUCAAAUUACAGAGAUGAUGAGGAGGAUGACGAGGAAGAUGAGGAGGAUGAAGAUGAAGACUUUAUUGAGAUGCCCCCACUCAGAACUACCCCUCCUGGGCAAAAGAAGCGCAAAUCCAACAGUCAUGCGGACCAUGACAAACUAGAUCUCCAGAAAAGAUUCACACAGCUUGAUCUGUCACAGUGUGAAGCCAAGUUCAAGCAGGCUUUGAAGGACUACAUAGACCAAGGUGUGUCCAAGGACUCUGCCUCUCUGAACGCCGGGGAUUCAGAACUGCACGAGUUUUCACAGCUACUCGAGUCCACAGCUGAUGGACUCAGGAGAGAACUGGACAAGUUCAUAAGGAACAUUGACACUCUCCAUGAGCUGUUGAGGGUCGGGGACAGAAAACACUCCACACUGGAUUCCAAACUAAAGUUGACUGGUUCUGGCCUGCCCUCCCUGUUGGAACAAAUGUCGCGUGUAAGGACAAUGGUGCUGACCAUCCAGACAGAGGCCCAUGAUGCCAUUCAACUGACGGCGAUUCCAUCGGAGUACGAGUUCCUGGACAGUCAUGUAUCAGAGAAGGAAUUUGUGGCAGGCGUAGUCGCCGGUCCUUUCCUCAAGUCCAAGUACCUACCUUACAUUCCACUCAGCAAGUUUGAGGUUAAACAAAUCAAGCAUGGUGGUAAAGUAAUGUCGAAGAUAACUCUGAAUGUAGACCUGCAAACUGGCAAGUACUCCGUUCUACAGGUGGCUGGGAAACAUAUCCCUGAGCAUAGCUCCUUCGAUCAUGACAGAAUUUUGCACCUGAUUAAGAGCACGAAGGACAAGUGCAACUUGGAUGUGAUACUGGACGGCAAGAUGAAGCAGACGUACUCGUUUGCAGACCCUCACGCUCGAGAAAACUUCUGUCUGCAGAUACGACAGAUGAAGAACAUGCACUCAACCGAGGCUGAAAUCGAUCAGAUAUCAUUGUUUGUUGGAACAUGGAACAUGGGUAAUGCAGCCAUGAAUAAUUGCUUCAGCACGUGGCUCAAGUGCAUGGGGUCGGGUGCCUCACGUGACCGGGUGCUGGGAGUUAUCCCCCAUGAUGUGUACGUAGUGGGCACACAGCAGUCCAGCACCUCAGAAAAGGACUGGGUUAGUCGGCUCAAGGCAGGACUUAAAGCAUGUGUCCUAAUUGACAUGGAGCUGGUGGAGGUGUGCUCUCUGUGGGGCAUACGUCUCGCCAUACUGUGUAAGCCCGAACACAAGGCGCACAUCACCAGAGUGCAGCGCAGCUCGGUCAGGACUGGCAUUGCAAACGCUUUAGGCAACAAAGGGGCUGUGGCAAUUUCCUUCUACUUCAACGGUACUUCGUUCUGUUUCAUCAAUACUCAUUUGACAUCUGGGGACGAGAAGUGUAAUAGGAGGAACCAAAAUUUCCGUGACAUUGUGAAGAACCUGACUUUGAAUCUGGGGCAAAAGCACCUGUCACUGUUCGACAUCACGAGUCAGUUCCAACACGUGUUCUGGCUGGGCGAUCUCAACUAUCCAAUCGAGGAGGAUAUAAAGAUGAUCCUGCGCAAGGUCCAUGAGAAGGACAUAGGGUUCCUUAUGGAGAGAGACCAGCUUAGGAAACAGCAGAAACACAAGACAUCUUUCAGCGGCUUCCAAGAGGCAGAAGUUACAUUUUUGCCAACAUAUCGACUUGAAAGAAAUGUUCCUGGUAACAAAUAUGCCUGGAAACAGGUCAAGACCACAGGGGUGCGAAUCAAUGCUCCAUCUUACUGUGACCGUGUGCUGUGGAAGUCAUAUCCUGGAACCUUUGUGGAAAACGUAGCCUAUGGCUGUUCUGAUGCCAUACUCAGCAGCGACCACAGGCCGGUGUUCUCCUCGUUCAAUGUUGGGAUAUCCUCUGAGUUCAUCCAGACAUUGCAGUCCCUCUCAGAAAUGGCCCCCGUCACCAUCGUAUUUACCACAGUGGAAGCACAGGUGAAGACAUGUUGCAAGCAAUACUUCCAACUGAGUUUCUAUUCCUCCUGCUUGCCAGACAUGUUUAGAAGCCAGCCCAACACUUCGUUCAAGGAGAACAAGAUUGGUUUCUUCACUGUCCCUGUUUGGCUCAAGACCAAUUUGCCUGAGAUGCGGCCUCUAUUUGCGGACCAAAGCUACUUGGAGGACCAGCACAUAUUGAUAGCUGUGAUAGCGCAGGAUGCGGCCGAUGAGUCCUACGGGGAAUGUGUGGUCAGCCUUCGCGGCAUGUUCUCCGAGGAGCACAAGGACUUUGAGUACCUACUUUACCACCAGGGGGAGGAGGUGGGCAGGAUCAGCGGCAAAUUCCAUGUUCGUACAGUAGGAAAGCAAAACAACACCAGAACAAUGCAUAGGAAUUACAGUUUGAUCGCCUUUGACACUGAAUACCAGUAUGAGGACCCUUAGAUGUAUGUGUCCGACCAUCCAUUGCAUCGCUCCAGUGCUUCCCCACAGACACAGAAGAAGCCCGGUCCCACCUCAAUGCAGCCUGCGCAUGGUUUCCAGUCAAGGGUAACACUCCGUCAGACUGUCAGCAACAUCGUUGAUAGCCGCUGUACUGACCCGCAUAGAGAUGACCAGGUCCCGGGCGCGAGGCACGACACCCGCUACGCGCCCACCUCCAUUGAUGAGUGGCUGGCGGGGCUUAAUCUUUCCUGCUACGCAGACAAUUUCCUGCUGAACGGCUGGGAUAGCCUCCUCUACUUGACGGAGCUCAAACUUUCCGACUUAAGAAACAUCGGUAUAGACGUGCCUGAACACCAGAAAGUCAUCAUGAGCAGCGUGAAAGACCUCAAUCAAGAGUGAUAUUUUGUUGGUCUUUGUAUAUACCAUGUAUCAGACUCGCUCUAUUGAAGCGGGCUUAUGUAUAUGCCUAAUGCAUCGUUCUAAAUUAGCCUGUGCAGUCAACACAUGCUAAUCAGGGACGACACUUUCCACCUAGACUUGAUUUUUGUUUAGAAGAAAUAUCUAUAAAAGGACAUAUUCCAUAAAGCGGAAAGUGGCGUCCCGGAUCUUUGGCGACACUCAAUGCAUAUGCUAUAAACCCCGUUUUGCCAUAGUGGGGGUCAUGUAAUGAUAACACCCCUUCAACAAUUGCCUCUGCUCUGCAGCUUACUUGCUCAUGUUGUUAUUGCAGUUUGUUUUACGCAUUUUGAAGCCAUUCAACAUGUGCAUGAUGUGUCUUUUAUAUUAAUGUCAAAAUAUAACAGUUUUCACUUGUUUUCAUAAAUGAAAUUAAAUACUAUAUUAAAUUAGACAUUGAAGUUGUUUUAUGUUUAUAUUUAAAUAACCAUUCUUAGGUAUAUCAGUAAACAUAGAAGGUUAAAAAAUAUUCGUUUCAGAAUAACAAAACUUAACUGAUAAUUUUAUAUAUUUAUAUGUUUGUAUGAUUGGCUUAUAUAUCUGUUAUCGUUGCUUAUAAAUUAUAAGGAUAACAAUCUUGGGAAACAUUUAACAAUUUGUGUUGAAGAUCUAACAAGUGAGAUGAAAUCAUGUAUCCAUAUGUGAAAAAAUGUGGAUAUAUUACAGCUUGUAUGCUUAGUUUGUUUAUUCGCUUAUGCAAAUGGCAAAAAACAACUAAACAAAUUUAUUGAAAUGAGACUUGAUGUGACUUUUAUGAAGUAAUACUGGAACUGUCAUUGAGAUGUGGCCAUGAUCACAUUUGAGUCAUACUAUAACCACUGCUUUUCCCAUGACAUUUUAUCGUAAUAAAACCAGUUUUGUCCUAGUUCUUUUCAGAACAUGCUUAUUUUAAGCUAGUUGGAUACUGGUAAGUCUGACUGUAAAAAUAACUUCUCUUAAAUGCAAGGCCCAAAGAUGUACAUAUUGGUAGGUAUAGUAGUCAUCUUCAUAGCGUGUAGUCAUUGAGUACUAUCCCUCUGAGGUACUGUUUCUCAGUUAAGCAUUCAAUGGUCCCAAUGGUGCUUAUUAUACAUUGUGUUUUCAAAACACGUUUUUGCUAGAUACGUAUUAGAAACUUUGCAUAGCCAUAGUUUCACAUAUCCCUUGACUCGAAGAAACCAGGGAUGGGCAUUUGCACCGUUGCUCAUUAGGAUCUAAUGUGUUGUCAACAAAACUAAUAUUAAAGAUUGAACAUGUAUUCCAAAGUUAAUUUAUGUAUACAAAUAAGUUCUCAUUUCCACACUGCCAACAACUCGUUCAAUGAUUUAGACUCCUUGGUUAAGAUUUUUGAUAACAUGUAGUAUUUGUCAGAUUUUGUUUGUCAGAGUCUGUUUCAGUAAUAUCUGCACUAUCCUUUAACCCUUUGCAUGCUGGGAAAUUUGUCGUCUGCUAAAAUGUCGUCUGCUUAAUUUGUAAAAUAAGCAUUUUCCUUUAUUUUUUUUCAAAGAAUACUAUCAGAAUAGCAAACAGUUUGGAUUCAGAUGAGACGCCACGUUCUGUGGCGUCUCAUCUGGAUCCAAACUGUUUGCAAAGGCCUUUAAAACUCGGUUCCCGCACUGAAAGGGUUAAAUGUCCCCGUACGUUCUAGUAGUUACCUAGCAAGACAUAAACAUUUAACAAGUUCUGUUGUAGGGAAUGCAUUUAGGCAAGCAUUUCAUUUUACUCAUUAUUUGAAUAGAUGUUUGGUUGUGUGCUACAUGUUAUAUACCUUUUUUGAAGCUUUGAUACUUUGUUUUAAAAGUACUAGGUGUAGCUCCACCUUUGAACGGUACUGUGUUAUCACUAAAGUUCUUGUAUUCAAUCUUUCUUUUCUGCAUGUUUGUUAUGUAGAGCCAUCUGCAAUUGUAUUGUAUUUAUCGCUUGAAGUAAGUUCAGUGUUUGUUUGAAAGUACGUUUUUUUCAUUAUCCUGUUGUAAAAAGUGUUUCUUUUAUUCUAAACUGCAUAUAUAUUCUAAAUAUUACUUAUUUACUUCUUUACAUGCAUAUAUGUAGGUAUUAGUCAUGAACUUGCAUGCAGAUCUGUUUUCCAUAAAAAGUUAUUGUGAGUUUUGAAUAUUUUGAAAAAAAAAUGUAGAAGAAUAUUUUGCUAGUCUUUAAGCAGACUUUAAACGUAUACAAUUACUACACCUUGUGCUUGUCAUUAAUCCAAUAUUACCCCAACUGAAACACACAAAAAUAGUCAUAGAUUAAAAUAAAAGGUGACUGAUGAUUGACACAUGCGUAUAUCAUAAAAUAUUGCGUAUUCAUCGA